GGAUACCAAUACAUGAACUCUAUUUUGUAUAUUUUUUUUAUAUAUAUUUAAAUAAUAUGUAUCCGAAAGCAACAAGCAACGUUAUGAUACAUUACAAUUCCUUUUAACAAAUGUGCGAAUUUUAUAUUGAGCACGAAAUUUGUUGUAAUCAUCACAGAUCAAUGUAACUACAUCUGUGGCUGUUAAUGUGUAUGUACGUAUUAAUGUGUGCGAUUCAAUGGGAUUUAUAUCGUUUGCUGAACUGCAACUCUAAUCACAUUGUUACUGGUUUAAUAAGACAAAUGUCUAAAAGCUAGGAUUGUUGACUCUAAUUUUGAUUAUUGUAUUUAAAGUCAAUAAAGUCUUUCUAAAAAAAAUUCUCAUGUCUGAAUAUGCAAGCAUGUCAUUCACUCUAAGUCCAGAAGAGACCUGUAAAAAUGAUAUGGUCCAAAUGCAAUCUAUUAAUCUCGUUUGUCCAGUGUGUGAUGCUGGAUAUAUAAAUAAAAAUGAAUUUUACGAUCACUUAAGUAUACAUGCUGGGGAUGUAUUGUUAAAACACGUGGAAUGCUUAAAAAAUGCAAAUAAUGAAUUAGAUACAGUGCCAAGAGAGUCUAUCCCCAAAAAGAUCGAUGAAACUAUAUUGAGACCUUUCAAGUGCCAGCAAUGUAGUUUAACAUUUGACAGAGCUUCUCAGUAUGACUAUCAUUAUCGCAGUAUACAUCUUGGUGAAAAAUCGCAGCUCUGCGAGAUCUGUGGUAAAGGUUUCUUUCGCAAGGCAGAUCUGAGAACACAUUUGAACAUUCAUUUAGGCACAAAUGUUUGCAUUUGCGAGAUUUGUGGGAGAAAGUUUAAUCACAUAUCCAAUCUAAUUAGACACUGCAGAAUGCAUGCUGGAAUAAAAUUGUAUCCAUGUUCCAUUUGCGGAAAACGUUUUACUCAGAUUAGUUCCAUUACAAGGCACAAACGUAUUCAUGAAAGAGCAAAAGAUGAUGUUAAACUUCAUACGCAAACUAAUUCCAACAAUUGUAACUUACAGAAAAAAGAUCAUGCGAUAUACAAAAAUAAGUUUGUUGAAGGUAAUGCACCUACUCAGCAAAAGAUUGUUAAGAGACAACAUUACUGUAAAAUUUGUGGUGAAAGUUUCAAUUUCAUCUUUCUCUUAAGGGAGCAUGAAAAAUCCCAUUUGCAAAUUUUGGAAUGCAAAGACCAUGAGGUGAAUUUUCAGAAAGCUACAGAACUGAAAGAACAAACACAGCAUGUUAAUAAUUUUGACUUUCUUGAAAAUGAAACAGAUAUGAAAAAAGCUUUGCCAUUGGAUGCAAUUAUUUAUAUCACGUCAGAACAGUUGAAGAAGAUCAAUUUAGAAAACAUUGAAGAUAAUAGAAAUCACGUUUCACAAGAAGAUCUGUGUGAAACAAAAAUUUUAGGAGAUGAAGAAUUAAACGUUUCAGAGAAGAUGGCAUUUAACAGUGAACAAACUCAACUCGUUCAUGAUAAUCCACUUUUAUUAUGUAAAUCUAACGAUUCCAUAGAAAGUGAAAAUGUAUCAUAUGUUUGCCCAUUAGAUGAGAAUAUUCUUAAAGAUAAAUUGUGCGUUCAAACGUGCGAGACGGAUUUAGAAAAAUCCGAAACAAUAUCGAGUUACAACACCCUAAUGAAUACUCCUCUGAAUGUUGCUGAUUUGUUUCAAAAAAUAGAUCUGUCAGAAUCUAAUAGUAACGAAGAUCUUAAUUCCGAUCCAAGUAUACAUAAAAAUGAAGAAACUUUAGUACAAAAUGAAAAAAUAUCCGAUGAUUUGAGCGACAUAAAUAAUAUCGUGAAUCACGAUGAACCAAUGUUGCGUUUAGUACAAACAGAAACAGGGGAACAAUUUUAUGAAUUUCUAAUUAACAAUUUAGUUGAAAAGUUGCCGAAUUCACAAAUUAUUGAGUCUACGAAAAAUUCUGAGAGCAAAGACGAUAGUACAAAUAUGAACGAAGAAAAUCACGAAGGGCAGAGUAUACGAGAUGACAUACAUAACGAUUUAAAUUAUUCGCAAUAUGAACUGCAAGGUGAAGAAAAAAACUUUACAAAUCAAAUUCUAUUAGACACGCAAAGUGAUUUCGAUAAGUACGUCGAAACAAAUUUCGAGGUAUUCGAAAGAUUAAAUUACGAUGACAGCCCCGAGCGAUUUCUUGAAUUUGUUGAAUCCGGACUUGAGAAUCAAAGCUCGAAAAUUUCGGACUUCAGCAAAGAGAGUGACGAAUUCUUACAGUUUCAGAAUUUUACCGAAAUUGAUACUGUAGAACCAAAUGAGAAAGAUAGUAUUAUUAAUGACAAUAAUAGUAAUAAUCAAAUUAUCGAGAUAGAUGAGAAACAAAAGCAGAAUGAAGAUGUGACGAAUAGUAAUGAAAAACUGGAGGAUGAACAAGACUCGAAGAAGUCGAAAACAUUCUUGAUAAAGUUUCAAUGUACAGUGUGCGAAAAAUCAUUUUCAACUAGUUACAAUUACAAGCAGCACAUAGGUACGCAUUUCGCGGACCAGCAAAAAUUUCAUUGUAAAGACUGUAAGUUGUCCUUCGCUUGGAAAUCAACGUUAAACAAACACAUUGCAAAUAAUCAUAGACCAGAUGGUCCACAGAAGUUUGCAUGUGAUAUAUGUAACAAAAUUUAUAAUACCUCCUCGCAAGUAAAUGAGCACGUGAAGCGAGAUCAUCUGAAACAGCGGAACCAUGUUUGCUCUCAGUGCGGCAAAUCAUUUUUUAAAAAGUACGAUUUGAAAAUACACAAUAGAAUUCAUACCGACGAACGACCGUACGUUUGUCGCGCUUGCGGGAAAAGAUUCCAUCACCGAAGUCACAUUAUUCGUCACGAGCGCAUACAUUUCUAGGUGCUAAGGGCGUAUCUAUAAGUUCACAUUUUAUUUCAGUUCGAGGCAUAGGGAAGCGUAGGGAACAAAUUAUAAAAAAAAAAGAAUCACAAUUAUAAUUACCUUACAAUAGAAUAAUUACAAUUAUAUAAUCGAAAUUAAUUUCUAUUAAUAAUUCUAAUAGAAAUUAACGACGAUGCUGUUCUAUUACAUGAUUUACAUUAUAAUAUGCAUUGAAUGUGCAACGGCAAUUAAUACGUGUUACAAAGCAUUUAAAAUACGUUUUUGUAAAUGAUUAUUUUUUAAUAAAACAGAAAACGCUAA